GCAGCGGCGGGGAGUAGCGCGGAGCAGGGCAGAGCCUCACAGGUGCUGCCUACUUCCAACCAAUCGGUGCAGACGUGCUGCUUGCUAUGUCACCGGGAGCGUAAAGAUUGGGGAGGACCCUCCCACAAUGGGUUGGUGUCCCCAGGUGAGCGGCUGCCCCCAGACUUUGUGCCGGCACUGGUGCAGAACCUGCUGGGAGAGAUGCCACUGUGGAUCUGCCAAAGCUGUAGGCAGAGUGUAGAAGAGGAAGAAAGGAGGGCAGUCCAGGAGCAGGCGCUGGCGGUCUCGUUGUCUCAUACGGCCUGUAAGUCACAGUCCUGCGGGGCAGGCUCCCACUCUUCUUCGUCUUCGUCAUCCUCAUCCUCGUGCCAUGGGAACUCAGGAGACUGGGACCCCAGUUCCUUCCUGUCUGCGCACAAGCUCUCGGGGCUUUGGAACUCCCAGCAUGUCAAUGGGGCAGGCCAGGGGAGCUCCCUUGGGGGGACACCUGUUGUACCAGGUGACAAGCACCCCGGCCUCCUUCCGGAGUGUGCCAACCAGGCCCCUGCUGUAGGAGGUGGGCUCAAAGCCUGUCCUUACAGCCACGCGCUCUCCCCAGCUCCCAGCGGCACCCCAGGCUCACCUCUGCCUACCUCACUCGACUUCUGCAAAACGCUUCCCAAGCAGUUCAAGAGCAUGUGCCGGAGACCCACCCCGCCAGGAGAGGCCUUCCAUUCUGCGGAGCACCACCGGCACGUGGACCUCACUGCUCCUCCCAACAGCCCCACAGGCCUCCCCUCGCAGCCGCCGGCACUUCUUCCUACCAAGCAGAUGCCUGCCCACCCUGGGCCCUUCAGUUCCCCUCCUCACGUCCACCUGAGCUCAUCACAGCAGGCGGCCCCGUUCCCUGCACCAGUCCUCAGCCCGCACGCACCAGCUCCGAAGCCAGGAGCGGAAUCCCCUCCCACCGGAACCUGUAAGAGUCCGCACCUACCCACUGCCAAUGUGCCACUGCUGAAGAUACCACCUCCCGUAGGCUGCACUCAUCCAUGCAACGGCCAUUGCAGUGGCUCCUUGGGUCCUCCUGCUGCCUCACAUCAACUGCCCAGCACUAACAGGGAUCCUGCCUGCAAAGGGCACAAGUUCCCAAACGGUACAAGCUGUCACGCGCCACAGUCCUGUGAGGCGGACGAGGGGCUUGGCGAGGACGAGGACAGCAGCUCGGAGCGGAGCUCUUGCACCUCGUCCUCCACAACCCAGAAAGAUGGGAAAUUCUGUGACUGCUGCUACUGUGAGUUCUUUGGCCACAAUGCGCCUCCAGCUGCCCCAACAAGCCGGAACUACGCUGAGAUCCGAGAGAAGCUACGCUCGCGGCUAACCAAGAGGAAAGAGGAGCUUCCUCAAAAGCUGGGGCAUAGCAGUAGCUCGGGAGAGCCAGCCGUGGAUCACCGGGAUGUGGACGAACUCCUAGACUAUAUCAACAGCACUGAGCCGAAGCCCCUGAACAGCGCCAAGGCUGCCAAGCGUGCACGCCACAAGCAGAAGAAGAAGGAGAAGGAGAAGGCACAGCUGGAAGCCGAAGCCCAGAAGCGAGUGGACCGAACCCCACCUACUGGUCAGGACCAGGAGCUGGCUAAAGAGAAACUCCUAGAGUGGCCCCAGCUCGAACUGGAGCGAGUGAACAGCUUCCUGAGCAGUCGGCUGCAGGAGAUCAAGAACACCAUCAAGGAUUCCAUCCGUGCCAGCUUCAGUGUCUAUGACCUCAAUCUGGAUGUCAAUGACUUCCCCAAGAAGGCAGCUGUGCUGGAACAGAAGAACCUCCUUUCCCACCUCAAUGGCUCAUCUGAGCUACAGGAGAUUGACCUUGACUUGUCCCCACUCAGCCUGGGUGCCCCACAUAAUCAUACAUUGCUACGGAGUGACGUGGGCCCCCGAUGGGCAGAGAGCCCUGGAGAGGUGCCUCCGCCACCGCCUCUAGCCUCUGAGAAUGGUGUGGUGAAGCGGCUCAAUGCCGUGCCCAACCUCUCCCGCAUGAUUUGGGUUCAGUCACCCAAGCCAACAGACUCUCCCCAGGAGAGUGGGGCUAGCCAUGAGACUAAGGAGGUGGCAACAGGCAGGGGAGCAGAGCUGCAAGAGCAAGCCCCCGCCCCAGGAAAGCAGAGGAAGGGGAAGCGGCAGGGCUGCCCGGCAAAGAAAGGGGAGUCUGUUGCUACUGCUGGCGAUAAUCCUGGCUCCAAGGGGAUGGGACCGAAGAAUCCGCCCAAGGGGACCGUUCCUGAAACCCAAAGAGGAAGCAGCAGCAGCACAGAGCAAGGUGACUGCUCCCGAGGGUUGCGUCAGAGCCAGGGAUGGGGAUGCAGCGGCUCUAAGGGCGACAAGGAGAAGAGCACUGAUGGGAAAAGCCGGAGAGGCGAAGGCAGAGCUGAUCAGACAGAGCAAGAGCCUGCCCCUUCAGGGGCAGGGGACCGGCAUCUGCCCUACACAGCUGCAUCGGAUGACUUGCCCCAGCCAAAGGGCAAAGGCAAGAAAAGCAGGAACAAAAUGGAAAAAGCAAGCCCUUCCAUUGAUGAUGUGUUCCUGCCAAAAGAUGUGGAUGGUGUGGAAAUGGAUGAGACUGACAGAGAAGUGGAGUACUUCAAGAGGUUUUGCCUGGACUCAGCCAAGCAGACCCGACAGAAGGUGGCUGUGAACUGGACCAAUUUCACCCUGAAGAAAACCACUUCGAGUGCAGCUCAGUGAGGUGUGCGGUGCACCCCUGGUGUAUGUGCAGGGUCCCACACCUCGCUUUGCCUCUCCUUCCCCCAGACCCAUAGACAGACACUUGACCUCACCAACCCUGCUCCCCCCUUCCCUACCCCAUCCAUGGGGCUCCCAUUCCUAGCCUAUAGGCAUGGCCUGGACAGCCCCUGUGUCCCUCACCUCUCAGUGUUCGACGUUCGGGGAGAUGCUGACUGAGCCGCCCCAAACCCAGGGGCAGUCUUGAUCGGCCAAGGCCCAGCGUGGCACAGGGACCAGGCUGCACCCAAUAAAGGACUUUUUAAUUUUU